AGCAAAUCUUUCUACGGCAUACGGGUUUCUGCGUGCUGUCAUGUGACCCACACUCAGCCAUCUUGUGGAAAACGAAGAGAGAGAGAGAGCCCAGAGAGAGCCACACAACUCAAACCUUGUGCUGUCAGAACAAGCAGAGAACUUCAAGGAAUAAUGGCCGAAACCCAGACACUUAACUUUGGACCAGAAUGGCUCCGUGCCCUGUCUGGAGGGGGUGGCAGCGGUGGUGGUGGAAGCAGCAACGCUGUUGCCUCUCCACCCCUCUCACCUGCAUUGCCAAAAUAUAAACUUGCGGACUAUCGCUACGGGAGAGAAGAAAUGUUAGCACUUUAUGUAAAGGAUAACAAGAUCCCUAUAGACCUUCAUGAUAAGGAGUUCCUGCCCAUAUUGCAAGAGGAGCCCUUGCCACCUCUGGCACUUGUGUCUUUUACAGAGGAAGAACAGAGAAAUUUUUCCAUGUCUGUAAACAGUGCAGCUGUACUUCGGCUGACAGGGCGAGGAGGUGGACCGAUAGCAGGGGCACCAAGAGGCCGAAGUACCUCAAGGGGUAGAGGCCGGGGAAGAGGAGAUGGAGGGUUUUACCAAAGAAGUUUUGAUGAUGUGGAAGGUUUUGGUCGCGGAGGGAGGGAGAUGCAUCGCUCCCAAAGCUGGGAAGAAAGGGGAGAUAGAAGAUUUGAAAAGCCAGGUCGAAAAGACCCAGAUGCUGCUCCAGGACAUUUUCAAAUCAAUCACAUCCGAGGCAACUAUGAGGAUGGUGGGACAGGCUUACCAAGGAAGCACGACUUCACGCGUUCAGAGAGUGAGAACUGGCGUACUUCUCGUGAUGAUCAGAACGAUGGGCCUCGGUCAGCAGGGUGGCGGGAACACCCAGACCAACGUCGCCGUUUCCCAUUUGAUGCAAGAGAAGACGAGCGUGGCUACAGAAGGCCACGGUCAGGCAGUGGCAGCCUGGAGGAUGAGAGGGACAGCCUGCCGGAGUGGUGUCUGGAGGACGCAGACGAGGAAGCGGGCACCUUUGACUCAUCAGGGGCCUUUCUCUCACUCAAGAAAGCCUCAAAGGAGCCUAUUCUGGAAGAGGCUGAGCUUGACUUUAAACCCCUGGAAGAGUGUGAAGAGGGCCUGGAGGAGGAGGACAGCCUGCCCCAGGAGACCAAAGAGACAGAAACAGAGGCCAAAAGAGAAGCUGACCGAAAAGAGUUGGCCAGAGCAUCAGAGGAGGUUCCACCUGUUGCUCCACCUGUUGCUCCACCAGUCUUGGAGCCACAUCCUCCUACUCAGUCCUUGUCCCCAAACCAGCCCAGCAGAACAGAAGAGCCCGAGAGGCCAGCUGAACGGCAGCUACCCCUGGAGCUCCCCCCAGAACCCUGCAAAGUCCCCCUGCAUGUCCCCAUGUCUAAUAGCAUGCUGGAGUCCCUUCCCAUGACCCACAUUUCCACUACCCUUGCAGAAGUAUCUGCUCCGUCACCCACCAUCCAGCUACCACAGCAAAAGCCCAUAGAAGUUCCAGUGGCGAUGAACAAUCCUUUACCCUUCCCCUCAAGCAUAAUGGCACCUAUUGGCAGGCCCACCACUGUGCCACACGACACUGAUGAAGAUGAGGGACUAAAACACUUUGAACAAGAGGCAGAAAAGAUGGUAGCAUACCUACAGGACAGUGGGGUGGAUGAUGACAGACUUGCAGCAAAGACUUCAGAGAAGCCCAAGCCUUCAGGCCUGCCGCUCACACAUGAAGCUGCUCUCAAGUGGUUUUACAAAGACCCCCAGGGGGAGAUCCAGGGUCCAUUUAGUAACCAGGAGAUGACAGAGUGGUUUCAGGCUGGUUACUUCACUGUGUCUUUGUUAGUCAAAAGAGGGUGUGAUGAAAUAUUUCAGCCUCUGGGAGAGAUCAUGAAGAUUUGGGGGAGGGUACCAUUCACUCCAGGCCCUGCACCGCCACCUCUACAGGCAGAUGGUGAUCAAGAGAGGUUGAAGAGGCAGCAGGAGCUCACUGCUCUCAAUCUUUACCAGUUACAGCAGCUCCAGUAUCAGUACCUCCUCAGGCAGCAGUAUGCCCAGGCCCUGGCUCAGCAGAAAGCUGCUGCUCUUAGCUCAGCUCCUCUUCAUCAGCAGCAGCAGCACCAACAGCAGAUUAACCUGCUUCUACAGCAAUACCAGGCUCUUAAGUUAAGAGCAUCUGAGAGUCUCCUACCUCCUGUUACACGAUCCCUGUCUGUACCAGACUCUGGUUCUGUUUGGGAAAUGCAGAACCCAUCCUCUCAGGCUUCUUGCACACCAAACCUCCAACAAGCUGCACCAAGCUCAGCGUGGGAUGGCAGCAGCAGCGUAUGGGAUUUACCUAUAGACUCCAUGGCGCAGGCUCCAACUAUCGAGCAGAUGCAACAGUUAGAGAAGUCCAAGUCUGCAAAGCUGGAGCUGGAAAGGCGUGAAGCAGAAAUGAGAGCAAAACGAGAGGAAGAAGAGAGGAAACGGUUGGAGGAGGCCCUGAGGGCUCGACAGGAGGAGGAACGGAAACGCUUAGAAGAAGAGGAGCUGGCGCGGCAAAAACAGGAGGAGGCACUGAGACGGCAAAGGGAACAAGAAGAGGCACAGCGCCGACAAAAAGAGGAAGAGGAGCGAUUGGCACAGGAGGAAGCUCUUCGAAGAUUAGAGGAGAGGCGGAGGGAAGAAGAGGAGAGAAAGAAACGGGAAGAGUUCCUUCGCAAACAGGAAGAGGAGCGCAGAAAGCAGGAGGAACUUGAGGCAUUGAGGAGGCGUGAGGAGGAGAAGCGAGCAGAGGAAGAGGCAGCAGCUGCAGCAGCAGCAGCCGCUCUGGCCCAACAACAGGAGGAGCAAAAAAGGAGAGAGCAGGAGGCCCAAAGACAGCAGGAGCUGCAGAGACAGAGACAACAGCAACAAGAGGCACUCAGGAGACUGCAGCAACAACAGCAGCAGCAACAGCAGCUUGCACAAAUGAAGCUUCCAUCCUCUUCAAAGUGGGGCCAGCAGUCAGCCAACACUAUAAACCAGACCCAGAACGCCCUGUCAUUGGCUGAGAUCCAGAAACUAGAAGAGGAGAGAGAACGUCAGGCUCGGGAGGAGCAGCGACGUCAGCAGCAAGAGAUCCUUAAACUACAGCAGCAGCAGGCCUUGCAACAGGCUCAGCAGCCCAAUGCCAAGUUGUCUGGUUGGGGUAAUGUGGCCAAACAGCCAGUGGUUACUAAGUCUUUGCUGGAGAUUCAGAGGGAGGAGGCCCAACAGAUGAAACAGCGGAAGGACCAACAGCAGCAUCAGCAGCAACAACAACCGCAGCACCACCCCAUCGUCACCCAACAGACCCGCACUCAAAGCAGAACUACAUCCCUGAGUAACUCAGUGUGGGGAUCUGUCAACACCAGCGCCUGCACUAACUGGGGCUCAGACCCCAGCAGUAUCUGGGGUGACACCCACAACUCAAACAUGGGCUUCUGGGAUGAGGCUGUGAAGGAGGCUGUCCAGCAGCCUCCCCCAACCAGAAAAGGAAACGCACAGAAGAACAAUAGGGGCAACGCCAAUCUCAGUAACUCUUUGAGUGGGCGAGCCAAUAAGAAGGUAGAAGAAGAGGAGAAGCUGCUAAAGUUGUUCCAAGGGGUCAACAAGAGCCAGCAGGACACUUUCAUGCAAUGGUGUGAACAAACCCUGCACACUCUCAACACAGCCAACAAUUUGGAUGUUCCUACGUUUGCAUCCUUCUUAAAAGAAGUGGACUCUCCAUACGAGGUACAUGACUACGUCAGGGCCUACCUGGGGGACACUCCCGAGGCCAAGGACUUUGCCAAGCAGUUCCUGGAACGUCGUGCCAAACAGAACGCUAACCAACAGAAACAGGCACCGCAGAACCAACAGCAAACCCUUAAGCAGCAGCAGGAUUCUGUAUGGGGCGGAACAGGAUCCUCAUCCCUCUACCAGUCCAACCAUACGAGUGUCCAGCAGCAGCGCUUUGAGACAGUCACCUCAGGGAAGAAGAAAAAGAAGCAGAAGAUGGUCCCGGCAGACCCCAGCCUUCUAGGUUUUUCUGUGAAUGCGUCAUCUGAAAGAUUGAAUAUGGGAGAGAUUGAGACUUUGGAGGACUUUUAAGGGACUGCAGCCAAGCAAACCCCACUGACUUUAUCCAGUUUGAACAACAGCUGUUACCCAAACCCCUGCCCCCCCGACUGCUUCCAGGACUUUCACCUUUUUUUUUUUUUCAGUUUCCCAUCAAUGACGCAUACUCUGCUAAUUCCUCAUCAAUUCCAAAUUGUGAGCAAACUGUGACCUCUGAGGCAGGGUGUGUUUUUCUGUUGCAAACGGGCCUGUAGUCUGAUUAAAAUCCUCCAAAGAGAUGGUCUUGAGCAAACUGGUGAGUGAAACAUCCAACUAGCCGAGCGAGAAAUGAACUCAAGUUUCUGGAGAAAGUCUGCAGAGCUGUCGAUGUCUCCUCGGCAUCAGCUGCUCCAUCCUAAAUUCUACCAUGUUGUACAAACUCACGGUAACAGAUUUCAAAUUUGGCCUCCUUUGUAUGUGAUUAUUUUUGUUUUAUUUUGAUUAUUAUUAUUUUUUUACAAAUUGUGGAUAUAUGGAUGGGGUAGUAUGGGAAAGGUUAGACAGAUUAUAUCCAUUGUUUUUGUUUUAUUUAUUGAAAGUUUUCCCCUACACUUUAAUCCCCUCUUCUCUUUCCGCUUCCCUCUUUUCGGCUGGGUGUUCAUGGAUAAUGACGGCAAAGUAGAGCCCAAGGAUUCGUGCCCACUUAUGUCCUGUUUUAAGGACAUGUUCAAAAGUUCCAAGUAGUUAUCUAUUUCUUGUAAAAUACUAGGCUGUUAAAAGAAUAAACUUUCAAUUCUGCAUCUGUAUUAUAAUAUAUGAAAAUGAUCUGCUGGAGUCAUACUUUUUUAUUGCAGUAUGGAAAAAAAUAAAACAGUCGGAUGUGUGGGCUGUUCA